GCCUACAGCAUCGUGAUCAAAGCGUUCGCGCAGGAAGGGCGCCUGAAGGAGGCAACUGCGUGGCUUCAGACGUUGGCAAGUCCUGACAUCGAGGCUUUCAACACUGUUUUGCAUGGCUAUGCGCGUGUGGGCCAGGUUGAGGAAGCCGAGGCAUGGAUGGCACGCGCCCAAUUCGUGGGCCUUAGCCCGACGGCCGUGAGCUACACCAGCUUGGUGGAUGCUUGCGCCAAGUCUGGGCGCUUGGGGGCUGCUCUUCACUUCGUCCGGCAGGCAGCCAAGAGUGGCGUUGCUACGGCAUUCCUCUACCAUGCGGCCAUUGAUGCCUAUGCCAAGCAGGGCUGUCUGGCAGACGCGGAGAAGCUUUUUGACGAGAUGGAGGCUCAACGCCUGGAACCCGGCCGCGAAGCCUUCACUGGCCUUGUGCACGCAGCGGCGCGUUCUGGCCAGCCUGCAGAGGUUGCCGAGUCCUGGCUCCGCCGUGCGGAGGCAGCCGGCCGCGUCGACGUGAUGCUUGUGCAGCCGGCCAGCAUUUCAAUUGUCCAGUCUGUGGCUUCUGUCCGCAUCAAAGUGCACUUGAUUGUGGAGAUUCUAGCAUCUGUUCGAUCGUAA